UGUGGCUGAAUUUCUUUACUUUCCGGGUUGGCCUUUUCCUCGAAUCCUUUUUUUUCUCUCUUUAUUCCGUCACGGAUCGAUUGCCAUUUUUUAAAAUGGGGCACACGGGGUAGAAUAGAGAGAACUGGAGAAAAGAGGUCGCAGGCCAUUCUGCCGCAAUCUCCAGGAGGAAUGAUCAAAAGACGGAAUUUUUUUCUUUAUAUUCAGUACCCAGUUUCGUGAAAGGAAGGAAAAAAAAAGAAAUAGAACUAGCGGGAAGGUUGCGGUUUGUUGCGUUCGGCCAAUCGAUCAGGUGACGUAGUAACGGAAGCCAAGUUGUAAGCAAAGUUUCACUUUUUGUGGGCUUUCUGGAUCGCAGCUGUAUUGGACCAGUUGUCGGAAAUGCGUACCGCGUGAAAUGGUCGUAAUGCGUUUACAAGAAUGCGCUUGUGAGAGCCGAGAAUGCGUUGAAGCUACACAUCAUCGAUCCGGCCGGAUAGAAAAACUCUACGCCAAAAAAGAAAAGAAAAAUAAAUCCGUGUGAUCUCAAGAUAGCUAGCGGGCGUUUAUGACGUCAGCGGCGUUUGGGGAUCCUUGGCGGUUCUGAACUCGUCUCCUAUUUGCCCAUCCUCGAAGGAACUAAUCCUGUUAAAGACUUGAUCACUUCCUCAAUUGAAAAAAUAGAAAAUGUUCUUUUUUUUUAUUGCUGGCAACUAUUCCGCUAUUGUGUGUGUAGACGGCGGGUCGAUUUCUAUCGAUCCAAUCAGUUUUAUUCCACGCCAUUUUGUAUGCGCUCCCGCUGUCCACAAUUUUUGACUGGUUCCGCACGUAUUUACAUUCCUGCCCACGCGCCAGACUUUAAAUUGCUUAUUUCGCAAGAUUUAGUUUUUUUCCUUUUUUAUUUUUAUUUCAGCAUUUAAUCGAAAGAUGAGGGGGCAAAUUUUUUUUCCCCCCGUUGGCGAAGGUCUUUGGAGUUAUCUGGGCAAGUGAUGAGGUAAACAACAUUAUCAUCGAUAAGGAUUUUUUAUUUUAAAAAGGCAAACAAAAUAGCGAGCGGAUCGAUAGACGAGUGUCUUUAAAUGGACCAACGUCAGUAGCGAGAUAAUGUCAUCUUUUGUUUCAUUUACAUUUGAGACCUAUUUUCAAACGUCGACAAGGACAUUCUUCAAUAUCCAUCCCGGAUCAUUGAUUGUGGUAUCACAUGAGUGUGGUAUACCCGUUGAUAAAUUUUUCGAUACUUACCUAUUUUCGUGGUUUUCUUUCUAAUUAUUAUUUUUAAAACAUUUGAACGUUGGCGCUUUUUGCCAAAAUGCGAUUCAGGUCGGCCAACCAGCCACCGGACGUCAUCAUUAUUUUUAUCAAUUAGAAUUGGAAGUUGACGUUGAUUUUGUGUCAGAAAAUAAAUAUAAAGGGAAAGGCCGGCUUGCGGUUGGCGUUUGCGUUCAUGUCGACACCGGAAAAAGUGGCCGAAGGGUCCGAAAAACAAAAAAUAAAACCGCCGGAUAUUCGUUUGGUUUUUCUUUUUUUCUUUCUUUUUGGUUGUUGUUUGCUGCACGGUGAUAAUUACCGUUUCUGCUUUGGGGAAAGAUACCACCACCCGCCAUUCUUCUUUGGUGUCUCGUGACUUUAGUCGUGCUCUGGUCGUCUACCCGAACGGAGCAGUGCCUUUUUCAAAGCCGUUUUGUUUAUGUUUGGGCACAGUGAGAGGGGGGGAAGAGAGAGAACCAGGGCUUUCAACACCCUGAUUGAGGGUUUUCGAAAUUUUGUUCACGAAAAAUGUCAGUUUUCCUUUUAAGGGUUUUUUAACUGAAAAGAAAAGAAACGUAUUUGAGUUUUCUGGCAACGCCAGGGCGUACUGGUUCACAUCACUUGACGUUUCAAUCAUUUUGAUCCUGAAUGGAAUUGUGGAAGCACUGCUCUCUCUCUCUCUUCUUCGUUCGUGCUUGUUGUCGAUUUAUUGCAAUCGCGAGAAAACAGCCAGCUAGUCAGUUCAUGGCUCACUUGAUCUAACACGUGCAAAAGAGGAAGUUGUGUGAACCACACACUUGCCAGAACCGAACCCAAACCUCCAACCAACAAAAUGAGUCUGGGAUCUCCCAGUAUUCAUUGGAUUCGUCGUAGCCUGUCGUUUCCAGAGUCUGCCGAUGUUCCGACCGCCGCUUGUCCAGCUGUCUGUUGUUGUGGCCGAUUCAGUGGUUUCCGUCACAUUCUCUCCGGUAUGAACGCGUCCGAAGUCCGCGUGACUGUGUCCGGCGACGACAACUUGCGUUCGACGACCGGCAAUGCGUUCCGGACUCGACUGCAGGAGCGUCGCUCUUCGAUUCGAUCUCACCUGUCGCUGCCGUUGACUGUCCAUUCGGCCAGUUGGUCGGCCGCUUCCACUCCGUCCGCUCCCACUACGCCAACUCUCGUCCAUCCCGCUCUUAUCCUCCUCAAGAGGGAUUUGUUGCUGCCCAGAAGAUGCUCCCGCGUCCAGCAUCAUCACCUGCAGCAUCGGAAGAGCAUGAUAUCGGCCACAUCGCCCACCAUGCCACCUCGUUGCCAAUCGCCGUUGUCGCAAGGGAGCCCGAUGGAAAGUCCACGCAACAUGUCGCCCAGUCAGCAAUUUGCUUUCAUCCCAAUUAAAAAGGCUGAAUGUCGACGAUGGUCUGUGGCCUCAUUGCCUUCAUCUGGUUACGGCACUACUCCGGCCAGCUCCAAUGUGUCGUCACAGUGUUCCAGUCAGGAGCGGUUGAAUCACUUGCCGACGGUGCCGACGGCCGAAGAGAUGAGGAUCCUCUCGCGACACUUUUCCUCCAACGAAAGCAACCCAGUCAUCGAGGAGACGGACGGCGCUGCCGCUGCUGGACGCCACUCGCCCAGAAUGCGGCCCAGAUCCAGAAGCUUGAGUAGUCCCAUCCGCUCUCCGGUCGUCGAUAGCGAGGUGGUGAUGAUGAACAUGUUGUACAAGGAACGCUUCCCCAAGGCGACCCGACAGAUGGAGGAGAGGCUCAAGACGUUCGUCGAAGAGAACGCAAGCGUCGAGAGUUCAGAGGCGCUCGUGGCAGCUGCCGAGGGUUCGUCGGAGCCCAUCCCAGCCGACGCCAUAGCCAUUGUGCGAUUCGUCCAGCAUCAGGUGAUCGAGCUGGGCAGAGAUUGCUUGCAGAAAUCGGAGCAGGGACUCAUCACGAGCCGCUACUUUUACGACAUGUCGGACAAUUUGGAGAGGCUCUUGAACGAGGCCAAAGACAAGGCAGUCGACGCUGUUCCCCAUCUCAGUCGACUCGUUCGCAAGCUCCUGCUCAUCAUCUCCCGGCCGGCCAGGCUUCUAGAGUGCCUAGAAUUUGAUCCCGAGGAGUUUUAUCACAUGUUGGAAGAGGCCGAAGGACAGGUUAAAACCACACAGGGCGUGACUGACUUUCCGCAGUACAUUGUCACUCAGCUGGGUUUGAACCGUGAUCCACUGGCAGAGUUUCAACAGGAUUUAAGUCAGUUGGAGAAAACGUGUUCGACUCCGGAGCCGCCGACCGAAGGAACCGAUUCGCCAGUGACGACGUCGACACCCGAAAAGAAGAAAGUCGCCGACACGUCGCACUUGCCCAAGGAAAGCGACUACGAAGUGGUUAAACUGAUAUCCAACGGCGCCUACGGGGCCGUCUACCUUGUGCGUCACCGUGAAACGCGCCAGCGUUUCGCCAUGAAGAAAAUCAACAAACGCAACCUGCUCUUACGCAACCAGAUCGAGCAGGCCUUUGCCGAGCGUGACAUCCUCUGCUUCACCGACAACCCCUUUGUCGUGAGUCUCCAGUGCAGUUUCGAGACGCAAAGGCACUUGUGCAUGGUGAUGGAAUAUGUCGAAGGAGGCGAUUGCGCCACUCUCCUCAAGAACAUGGGACCAUUCCCCUGCGACAUGGCCCGACUGUAUUUUGCCGAGAUGGUGUUGGCCGUCGAGUACUUGCACAGCUACGGGAUCGUGCACCGCGACUUGAAGCCGGAUAACUUGCUCAUUACCGCCAUGGGACACAUCAAGUUGACCGAUUUCGGUCUGAGCAAAAUGGGUCUCAUGUCGCUGGCCACCAACUUGUAUGAGGGUUUCAUCGAUCGAGAGACCCGAGAGUUUUCCGACAAGCAAGUCUUUGGCACUCCGGAAUACAUCGCUCCCGAAGUCGUCCUCCGUCAAGGAUAUGGCAAGCCGGUGGAUUGGUGGUCGUCCGGCAUUAUCCUCUACGAGUUUCUGAUUGGCUGCGUUCCGUUUUUUGGCGAAACGCCCGAAGAGCUCUUUUCCCACGUCGUCAACGACGAUAUCGAAUGGCCAAGUGAAUCUGAUUGGCCCGUUCCGGUCGAAGCCAAAGAUCUGAUCACGGCGCUGCUGCAGCAGAACCCGCGGGAUCGACUGGGCACGGCCGGCGGAGCCGAAGUCAAGUCGCAUCCGUUCUUUGACCGUCUGGAUUGGAACUCGUUGUUACGCCAAAAAGCCGGCUUCGUUCCGCAGCUGGACGACGAUAACGACACGAGCUAUUUCGACACUCGAGCCGAUCGCUACUGCCAUGACGACGCUUCCGGCGAUCUGGAACUGGACUUGGAAACGACGGAAGGUGGCGCCACCACUCCGCUCUUUGGAUCCUUCUCCUCUUGCUCGCCGAGAUACAAGAAAUCGCACGGACUUUUCCUUGACGCCAAGUCUAGCAACGAUUCCGGUUCGGGCGCUUCGGAUCAAUCGGAAUCGUGUGGAAGUCUCAGCGCUGGUGAGGACAAGUCUCUAACACUUCCUCCCAUCCAGCAGACGCCGGAAUCUACGGAGAACGAAGACUCCAGCCCGCAGCUGCAACGCCGUCGCCGGAUGCUUCAUCGUGAACUGAAAUCUCUUCCGCGUUUCUCCAUCUCUGUCGAAUCGGAAUCGGGUGGCCGCUGCAUGACGCCCAUCUCGACGCCGGAUCACAUUCGUGAACUCUCGCCCGUCGACGAAGGGGAUCGAACAACAACCGAUUCCACUCCGCCGACGUCUGCCGGAAUUCACUUAACAGCUUGCGGAGGCGUCCGGCCGAAGAAUGUCUUGACCCAGUCCUUCUCGCCCAACUUCAAACAGCGACGCGGCACCAAAACCGAUCCUGCGGCAUCGGGUUUGUCGCUAGUCAUUUCAUUGGCGGAAGAGGGUCCGUCGCCGUCACCUGGCGGUGGUUCCAGCACGGCCAGUUCUCGUGACACUUCUCCAUGUCGGGAGCUUUCGCCCACCAUUACGGGCAGCCUGAAGCCUCCCAUUGUUCUCCGACGAGCACCACGCGGAUUUGGCUUCACACUCCGGGCUAUUCGAGUCUACCUGGGCGAUUCCGAUUUCUACACAGUUCAUCACUUGGUCAUGGCUGUCGACGAAGGAAGUCCGGCAUUAGAGGCCGGUUUAAGACCUGGAGAUCUGAUAACUCACAUCAACGGCGAAGCCAUCCAGGGACUGUUUCACACGCAGGUGUUGCAAUUGAUUUUGUCGGAAGGAGAUAAGGUGACGCUGCGAGCCACUCCUCUUGACCAGACGAGUAUCCAGACUGGCGGACGGAGAAGAGAAUUAGCCAAGAGCCGUUUGGCUCGCCGGGGUUAUUACCGCGUUACGCACGGGGCCGGACGACGACCUCCUGGCGGAGCCAAAGUCAAAGCCGGAGGGGCGAGUAGUAGCGAGCAGGCCGAUAGACGCCGUAAAUCGUCAUUAUUCCGUCGUCUGAGUAGCAAACGUGCCAGCGCUGAAAUCCAGCAGUCGCUCCGAUUGCAGAUCCCCAUGUCGGCUCCCGUGCUUCCGCGCGGCCACUCGUCUCCUUUUUUGUUGGCGGCCAACUAUGGAGGAUCGUCUUCACCUGUGCUGACGCCCAGCAGGAGUUUCCAUUCGCUGAAUCGAUCGUUGCCGUCCCACGAGUCGGGGUCCAAUUCGCCCGGAAGUCGCUCUUCGGCUUCGGGCUACUCUCCGCCGAUUUUGCGCCAUCACUGCCAAUUGGCUGCUGCCAGUCCGGCGUCCGAGUCGCCUCGUUCAACACCGUCCAGCUCGCCGGGUUCGUCUGCCCCAAACAGCCCUGCUAGCGGCCAAAUGAAUUCAGGCGGACCUCCAGCCUCUGCCGCACGCCAUUUUCAACCUCACCGGCCGUCAUCUCUGCAUGGCCUCAAGAACAAGUUGCAUUCGGUGGCUAAGAACAUGCACUCGCCGUCUAGACGGAAAUCGGCUGGACACAUACCACUCUCUCCGCUGGCCCGCACUCCGUCACCUUCACCUUUGCCGCAACAGCAGCCACUCCCAGUUUCCCCGACUCGCUCGCCCAGCCCGCUGGCCUUCCCCAUGCAAGUCCAUCAUCCUCCCGGCAGCUCUCAUUCGACGCAACUUUUCAGUCCUGGGGCUUCGCUUUCUGUUUCACCGGCCGCCAAACAACGCGCUCUCUCUAGGCCAAAGUCGGCCGAGCCUGGAUCGCCACUUUUGCGCCGAGCUCUCUCACCCGACAGGCUCCAUCCGCGCUCCGCAGAGAAGAACUUGGUUAUAUCACCUCUAUGCAACGCCUGCAGCAGUAGCACACCGCCCAAUUCCAGCAACAACGGUUCAACUACUAACCAACGUUGCGGUCUGCCCAAAGUGACCGUCAUCAGCCCGCCGCGUGUCACCAUACUUUCGCAAACGACUCCGGAAGUUGCCGCUGAAUCGGACAGCCAGACUAAAAAGGAAGAAGGCAAGCCUGUCGAUCCAACUGUUGCGUCUACUUCGUCCGAUGGACCAAAAACGGUCCGAUUCGAAUCGGAUACAUUGAAUACUAAGGAGGAGGAGAUUCCGUCUAAUGUGAAACGUUGUCCACGAUCGAGGAGUGCAUCUCCCAUCCCUCUAGCAUCUACUCCGCCACCCGACAUCUCGGUCGAGCCUUGCGUUCUAGCUGCUGCUGCAGCCAGCACUGAACUCCGGCGCCGUAAGAAUUCGUCCGUCGAAGAACAGCAACAGCAGCAGCAGCAACAGCAACAACCGCAGCCCGAUCAAGUUGAACGAACUUCUCAUCUGUGAUGUACAAAUAAUUCAUAUUUUUUUCCUGGCCCUCCCAUUCGUUUCGAAUCGAUGACGUACAGAUUUACAAUCCAGCUCAAAUGAUGGACUACGGGAGUCAAAUUUAGGGUUACUUUUUUUCCUAUUUUUUUAUUUCUCCUGGUAUGAGAUGUAUCUUUCUUUUCACUCCUGCUUACAUGCUACCAAGUGGUUGAUGUGAUAUAUAGCGCACUCUUAAUCACUUUCUAAUUUGAUCCAUCAAUAUUUAUAUAAAAUAAAAGGAAACGUUUGUGCGGGUUUGAUGAAUUUUGUAUCGUGAAAACUGCUGUAUAUUUAACAAUUUGUACAAUAAUGGAUGAAAAACAAAACAAAAAAAAAACAAAAGUGGAAAAAGACGAGUGUGAUCUCGCCGGAAGAAGGAAAAAAAAGGUUAUGGAUUGAACAGAAGUUAGAUUGUGUGUUUGUUUUCUUUGUUUUUCCCUUUUGUUUUAUUUUUAUGUUCAUUCAUCUUCCGGAUGACUUGAACUUCUCUUGUUGCUGCCCUGCUGGUGUGUGUUGUGAUUACUUUCAUCAUUUCUUCUGUCCAGUUUGUGGCUGAAUAAAUUUCUGAUAGAUACUCACUAA